AUGCAUCCACUUGGACUAUGUAAUAGCAAUGAUGAAGAAGACCUCUAUGAAUAUGGCUGGGUAGGAGUGGUGAAGCUGGAACAGCCAGAGCUGGAGCCUAAGCCUUGCCUCACUGUCUUAGGAAAGGCAAAACGAGCAGUACAGCGAGGAGCCACAGCGGUCAUCUUUGAUGUUUCUGAAAACCCAGAUGCCAUUGAUCAGCUGAACCAGGGCUCAGAGGACCCUCUGAAGAGACCAGUGGUGUAUGUGAAGGGUGCUGAUGCUGUCAAGCUGAUGAACAUAGUUAACAAGCAGAAGGUGGCACGAGCGAGGAUCCAGCAUCGUCCUCCACGGCAGCCCACUGAGUACUUCGACAUGGGGAUUUUCCUGGCCUUCUUCGUUGUCGUGUCUCUCGUGUGCCUCAUUCUUCUGGUCAAGAUCAAACUGAAACAGCGGCGCAGUCAGAAUUCCAUGAACAGGCUUGCAGUGCAAGCACUGGAAAAAAUGGAGACCAGGAAGUUUAAGUCCAAAAGUAAGGGACACCGGGAAGGUAGCUGUGGAGCACUGGACACACUCAGUAGCAGCUCUACCUCUGACUGUGCCAUCUGCUUGGAGAAGUACAUUGAUGGGGAGGAGCUGCGAGUCAUUCCCUGCACUCACCGGUUCCACAAGCGGUGCGUGGACCCCUGGCUGCUGCAGCACCACACCUGCCCCCACUGCCGCCACAACAUCAUCGAACAGAAGAAGGGAAAUGCAGGCCCAGUCUGUCUGGAGGCCAUCAACCCAGGACGCAGCCGGCAGCAGAGGGUGAUUCUGCCUGUCCAUUACCCAGGCCGAGUGCACCGAGCAGGGCAGAUCACAGCGUAUCCUACCCGGACGAGCAUGGACCCCCAUGGGAACCCCAUCACAGUGCUCACAGUGGAGCGCCAUGGGGAGCAGAGCCUCUACCAAGCCCCCUCCUCAGCAUACAUCCGAAGCUAUCAGCCCAUCCACUUGGACCACGCUCUGAAUGCACACCACUGCAGCCUGGAGCACAGGGCCUACUCUCCAGCUCACAGCUUCCGAAGACCCAAGUUUGGUGGGCGCAGCUUUUCCAAGGCAGCCUGCUUUUCCCAGUACGAGACCAUGUAUCAGCACUACUACUUCCAAGGCCUUAGUUACCCUGAGCAAGAUGGACAGCUCCCAGCUGGCAUUUCCUCAAAGGGUCCCUCCCGUGCCUUUCAGCCUGGCAGCAGCAUGCUUUUCCCUCCGGUGGUACAUGUGGUGCCCUCGUCCCGCUUGGAGAGUGGCAGUGCCUCCAGUUUCAGCUGCUAUCAUGGUCAUCGUUCUGUGUGCAGUGGGUAUUUGGCUGACUGCCCUGGCAGUGACAGCAGCAGCAGCAGUUCUGGUCAGUGCCACUGCUCCUCCAGUGAUUCCAUGGUUGACUGCACCGAGGUCAGCAACCAGGGUGUCUAUGGGAGCUGCUCCACCUUCCGCAGCUCCCUGAGCAGUGACUAUGAUCCCUAUGUUUACCGCAGCAGGAGCCCCUGCCGGGCGGCUGAGGUCAAUGGUGCCAACAGGCCUGCAAUUGUUCUCCUGGAGGGCCCUCACCAGGACGAGCUUCCGGCUCAUGGCCACAGCCUGGUGGGUGCUGACUGCCGGCCUGUGCCAGCUUCUUCCUCAGGGGACCAACUGUCUAAUUGCAGCAUGGAUAUGAACUAUAGCAGCAAUUCCUCUCUAGAGCACAGGGAUCCAAAUGGCACUACCUCAGAGGGCGGAUACGAGGCCGCUCCUGGUGCUGCUUUGGAUGUUAAAAGGAACUGGAAGAGCCCCGAGAGAGCAGGGCUGCUCGUGGGGCAGGCAUGCACCUGCUGCUUUGAGCUGCAGCACUCCACCCUGGAGCCCAGAAGUGGGGCAGCUGACUGCGGUGCACUCUUCCUUAGCCCCCCCCUCUGGGGGACGUGUGGCCCAGGCAUGGAAUCACAGGCAGGGAACACCUCAGGCUUGUACAGUAUUAACUCAGACCACUUGCAUAGGACAGAUGGGGUGAAAUAUGAGGGGCUGCCCUGCUGCUUCUAUGAAGAGAAGCAGGUAGCCUGCAGCAGCAGCAGUGGCAGUGGAGGCGGUGGCUGCUAUACAGAAGACUAUGCAGUGAAUGUGCAGUACACGCUCCCCGAGGAGGCCUUGCCUGGCUGCUGCAAGGGGGGGUGUGAGCUGGGCCAGCGCAUCCCCAUCAUACCUGAAGACAGAGACUGUGAGCUGAUCCUACCCACAGAGUGCCAAGGGGCCCACACAGAAGUCUGCAGUUCCUGGGAUGGGACACCUGAGCUAGACGCUUACCUGCACUGCCAAGGUCUAGGAGAGGCACAGGACAAGAGGGAAGUGUGCUAUGAGGCAGCCUCCUUCCUGCAGCAGAGCUACUCUCUGGAGGAGGAAGCUGGAAUGCUCUUUCCCAGUCCCACUCUGGGUUCCCAGAAGCUGAGGACAACCACAAAGGCCACAGGUGCUGGAUCUUACCCCUUGGAGAGAGGCCAAAUCAGCGACUAG